CUUGUUUGUUCCAAUUAGAUAAGUAUAGAGAUUUUAAAGAGUGAGCAUUUUCAAUUAGAGAAGAGUUAUAAAUAAAUAAUUUUUGCAGUGAAAAUAAAAAAACCUAAGAAAUUGAGAAAUAACCAACAUUAGUUAUAGAUAUUUUACAUACUGUAAAAGAUUCAGCUAAAGACUCUGCUUCCAAAUUAAAAUAGAAAGUAUGAUCAGCAGUUAAAUUUAAUCAGAUGCAAAUGCAAAUUAGGAGACAAGUAUUGGAAAAACUUGUUUAAAUAUAGCAAAUUAGCAUGAUAUAGUAAAAGCCAAGUUAGCAGAGAGAAAGAAAGAAGAAGAGAAGAUAGCUUAUAUGUGUGAAGAAAAAUUAGCAGGAGUAUGAAUUAAAAUUUAUUUAGAUUUAAGAGAGAAUUCCAGAAUGGAAAAGGAAUGCUGUAUAAGCUAAAAAAUAGCUUAGAAGAUUUAAAGUAGACUAAAAUAAAGUGACUAAGGAUAACAAUUUGUUAAUAGUGAUGCUUAUAAAGAAUAUGUAUCAUUUCAAUCAGAAAUGAAAUAAUUUAAAGCUGAUUUAUCUGAUAGAAUAUAGAAUCAUCUCAGCAAUUUAGUUUAAGUUUCUUUAUAUGCAGAAGUAUUAAAUAUAAAAAUAUGUUAGAAAACUGUGAC